AUGAUAAACCGUUUCUUGAAGAAAGACACCGAUUCUAGUCGCAGGCGUUUAUAUAUUCGAACAUAUAUGGUCACCCCUUUGAACGAAGAAUGCGGUCUUAUUGAGUGGGUUAAUAACGUACGACCGCUUCGGGACAUCCUUUUGAAAUCAUAUAAAACAAAGGGAAUUAUUGUGCAGUACUCCGAAAUUCGUGUUCUUCUCGAUAAAGCCUGCUCAGAUCCCUCGAAGUCUCAUAUAUUUACGGAUUCCGUGCUUCCAAGAUAUCCUCCCGUAUUCCAUGAAUGGUUUGUUGAAAUGUUUUCAGGGCCAGCUGCUUGGUUUGCCAGCAGGGUCGGUUACUCGAGGACCUCAGCGGUUAUGUCGAUGGUUGGGCACAUAUUGGGACUCGGUGAUCGUCACGGAGAGAAUAUUCUCUUCGAUGAAACUAAUGGCGAUACUCUCCACGUUGAUUUCAACUGUCUAUUUGACAAGGGUCUGGGAUUUGAGAAACCAGAAAGAGUGCCGUUCCGUCUCACACACAACAUGGUUGAUGCACUGGGAGUGACAGGAUAUGAAGGCACCUUCCGGAGAACUUGUGAAACGACCGUUAGGGUAUUGAGGAAUAACGAAGACACUCUUAUGACAGUUCUAGAAACCUUCCUACAUGAUCCAGCCGUUGAUAUGGUUAAGAAGAAAAAAGCAAAUAUAAAAAUUCCCGAGACGCCUAAGGAUGUCCUGAAGAACAUUCAGAACAAACUCCGAGGUCUCUUCCAAGGCGAAACUGUUCCGCUGUCAGUAGAGGGACAGGUUCAGGAAUUAUUGCGAUCAGCCGUCGACCCGGGCAAUCUUUGUGCAAUGUAA